AACAGCUGUCGAACCAGUGUUCAGAAAACACUCAUCGUUAUAAUUUUAUUGUUAAACAAUUAAAGUGUUCAUUGUCAUUUACCGCUCGCUCUAAUUUGCUACGUUGGUGAUAAAUCGAUUUAUAAAUUUCGCAAUAAAUACGCGCGAAAUUCUUCCGUGGAGAAAGUUGUAAAAUUUUCUAGUUUUGUGUUAAAUUGUUUCUUAUCUGUUAAAGCUUUUUGUUCUCCAACGCAUCAUUUACACAAUCUACGUGUCGCGAUUUUAAAAAUAAAUCUUCAAUAUGGUAAAGUGUAAAGAAUGUGGUUGUACCUGUAAUAAGUGUCUUGCAACUGAUCAUGAUGUCCAUCUACACGUCGAAAUCGAAAAUCUCAAGCAAAAGCUUGUCGAACGUGAGACACACAUUGUGACAAUGGAAACGAAUUUUUUAAAUGAAGCUAAUAAAUUUCCUAGUGGAGAGUUGGUUGCACUUCGGGAAGAACUUUUAACGUGGCAAGAUAAAUACAAGAGACUAUAUGAAGCUCAUAGACGAGUCCAAAGAGUAAACCAAGGAUUAGAAGAUAAACUUUUGAAAUUAGUUGAUGUGUGUGAAACUGAAAAAACUACAUUGACAAAAGAUGUAGCAAUAUUGUCACAAAAACUUGCUGAAGCUAAUUAUGCUAUUAAGAAACUGACAGAUGAUAAUGAAAGGUACAAGAAUGAUGUUUCAUUAGCAAUAGAGUUUCUUCAGUGCAAACAAAGUAAUUUUGUGGCCCGUAAAUUUGACUCGUUACCUCAAGAAGUACAAGUGCAAGUGUCUUCUCACAUGACAAAUAAACGAAAACCUGAAGAGAAAAAAGUUUCUUAUGAAAUGAAGAGUAUCAAAGUGCCCAUUCCAACAUUUCCGCCAACAGCGAUGGUUUAUUCAGUUCCUAAAUCUCCCAAACCUGAUAGAAUUGCAGAAUCUGAUGUUGAAACUCCACAAGUAGAUAUAGUGUCGGCUGCAAUAAUGGCCAAAGUAUUACAAGAAAGACAGAAAGAAAAAGCAUAUGCAAAGCAUUGUGAUUCAUGUACUUGUUCCAAGAAACUCCACAUAGUUCACGAGAUAACGCAUCAUACUACUGGAACCCAAACAGGCGAUUACAAAAAAGCGCUGUGUCUUAGAUGUAAUGAAUAUCUUACACAGAGUCCGCAGAAAAUGAGAUUAGUAAAACAUGACAUGGCAUCUAAAAAGGUACAGAUAUAUCCAAGCGAAUUCACAGACACUGCUCAAACAAAUGGAAAUAAUAUUGUUAAAGUACAGCCAAAUAAUUUUUUAAUUGAUGAAACGUCACAUGUUAAUCCCAGUCGCGUUAUUCCCCAGUCUAACAAUAAUUUAUUGAACAAUCCAAUAAAAACCCAUCCUGAUAUAAAUUUUUUCAGUACAAACGAAGCUCCUCGAGUUAAAAAUUCAAAAUCUCCAAAGUUAGGAGUGAAAAUGGAACAUCAUUAUCUGUGUAAUGAAACGUCCCCUACUUAUGAGGUACCACAUAAGGAUAAAUCCGAAUCUGAUGCAAUUAGUGCCAAAAAUGGUUCUUCCGAUAAUUUAAAGGGUCCUAGAUAUUGUUCAAUGAGAUUGCAGAGUGGCACUAGAAAUAUUCUGCUUGAUAAUGCUCAUAAUAAUGUAGCUCCAGUAUUGUACAAACGCCAUCACAAAAUUAAACGUGAAGAAACUCCCACAACACAUGAAAUAUCACACACGGAAUCGUGCUCUAGUGAAGACUUCAAACAUACCUCAGUGAUAAGUGAUAAUUCUAUGCAUAAUCAACAAAGAGUAGCUGAAUGGGUUCAAAGUAACUUAGAAAAUGAAGUUAGUAGUUCAGAUAAUUCUCACUCGGAACUGUUAGUUAGUCCAGAAAAAAAAGAACUAGUUAAAGUAAAUAGAUUGAAAUAUGCUGAAAUGGAAGAGAAUGUUAAACGGUUCUUAUUUGGGGAAAGUGAGUUUCUAAAGACUGUUGAAUUAGGGAAAAUGAAAUAUCAAAAUUACAGGGAAAACGAGGGUGGGGAUCACACUGAUAGUAAUAGUACAAGAAGUAACUCGCAUACUGAAACAGAAAUCUGAAUAUAUAUAUUAGUGCAUUAUUUAUUUUGUGAUUUAGGGUUUGUACAGAAUUAUUUUUAUAUUUUUAAUGAAAUUAGAAAUUUGUCAAUACCGAGUUUUUAAAACUUUACUUUUGUUAAAUAAAAUUUACUAUAACAAUAAGGUAGGCAUUAUCGCUUUAUUUUUUAUUUUGUGGAAUCACUUGACAAGCCACAUAGACACAAUGUAGUAAUUUAAAAAACAGUAUAUUUGAAUAUUAUACCAAAGAUAUUUGACAUUGUUUUCGUCUUUGUAGCAAUAAGUGAAAGUAUCGUUAAUUAUGUGCAGUAUUUAUGAUCUUCAUUGUAUUAUGAGAUCAUUUGUAACAUGUAACAAUCCUUUUCAAACCUUCAAACCGAUUCUGGAACGUUGUAAAGAUUAAAGUGAGUAUUCUCACAAUCUACCUCUAACAAAAGUUGUUGUAUAAAAAAAAACAAUAAUGGUUGGAGGGUUGAAAACGGAUUCUAUAUUGCUAUGUCUUUGGAUCAUUUCCAUUUAUUUACUGGGAGUACAGAUUUAUUCGUGUUAUGACUUUAGAUUAGAGUUGUCAAAAAUCCAAAUUAUUGAAAUACAAAUGAGGUUAUGGAUGACAUUUGCGGUUUAAUCAAAGACAUGACAAAUAUUUCCAUGGCCAACUCUAAUCUAAAAACAUUGAUCGCCCGUUAUUAACAAUCUAUGGUUUAGUCACUGUACAAUACCAAAGUUAUUUUAACUGUCUUUUCAUUGGAAAAUUACAUUUUUUCUUUAUCUUUAAUUUGUUGCUGGCUGUAGAUGUCUAUUUCUGUUCAAAAUGACCAAAACUUAAGUUAUUUGAUUUAAUCCCAAAUAAAUGAAAGUGAUUAAAAUCGUCAUACCAACGAUAUUUGAAUCUACACUUAAUGAAGCUACUUUGUCACGAAUAGUGAUCAGAAUUGUAAACAGUGUAGGUUAAAAUACGGAGCUUAUAUGUUACAGAAAGCCAUUUAAGUAAAUGCCAAGCUGUUCUAUGUAAAAGUUAGCAUACUAUAAGCCAUUUUUUAAUUGAACUAUUAUAAUUCAAGUUCGAUUCUUUCUCAUUGUACCUGCAGAAAAUCUCUCCUCCGAAUUUUACACCCUAAUUUUCUACUACAUAAUUUUAUUUAUUUUUAUAUUCCAUAGGUACUAACAGCGAUUUUUCCCCAAGUUAUACCUAUGUUUCCGUCGAUAAAAUAAAAUUUAAUAACCAUUUUUGAAGGCGAUAUCAAUUAAAAAGUGGAAAUUAUAUGUCGUUUUUAAAAGUAUAUAAUAUUUCACAAGCUUUAUAUCUUUUAGAAGCUUCAUUAUCUCUUACCGCACUGCUUCCGAUUUGUGUAAAACGUAUCCUUAACCUCAUAUUUUUAAUGCAUUAUGUAAAUUCCGUACUUGCUUGUUGGUCCAGAAUUUCAGUUGAGUGAUUGUACCAGUUGCCAAAUUUUUUAAAAACAUCUAAAUGUGGACUGAAACUCUGGACGAACAACGAUUAAUUUAAUUUAGUUUGAAAAAAAUCGACGCUGUGAUUUAUCAUGUAUGUGAGAUUUUAAAAUAGAAUAGUAGAGGAAA